UUAGCUUGAAGUUGAGUAUAUGCGCCUGCGUCAACAGAUUCUACGAGGUAUAGUUUCUGCCAUAAACCUCACAGAUGAUGUCCAGCAACAUUUUAGCGACGAUUCUCCCAGUUCUAAGAAUGUGGAAAAUGAGAUGGAUAUUUCGACUCUUCUCUCUCAGAUGGAAGAGCAGCAUAAAUCAUGCAGUCAGAAACUGGAGGAAGAGGUUUUGAUGAGCACCCCUCAAGCUCCCUAUAGAUCCAGAUUAAGUUGCUAUCUACCAAGCCUUCAAGUGUCUGUAGCAAAAUCUUUUCUCUCUGCAGUAUACAGCAUUCAUAUAUACUCUGUAUCACAGACUGAGGAUGAAUCAACUGUGGAUAUUCUCAAUGUUCUUCUGGAACAGUUCACCUCCUAUCAAGAACUCUUGGGAAAGGAGGUAUUGUUGACUGAGACUUAUUUGGGAGAAAGAUGGCGAGUGCUAGAACUCCAACAGUUCAAUAUUGAGUCCUUCUGCCUUGCAGUUGUACUCUCAGGAUCCAUUCUCUCCCUACUCAGAUCCCAGAAAGGCGUCAAGAAGAAUAAGAAGAAAAUUGUGAGUCCCAAGUUUGGCUCAGCAGUUCCUAAAUUCAAUCAACUUCUUGAUAAACUUGAAGAACACGGGAAGACUCUUCAUCAGACUCUACAGGAGAACUACAAGAAGUACAUCUCCGAGCUAGAAUCUGAGUGCCUGGUUGACUCCUUCUCCAGUCUUAGUGUGAACCUACCCGACCUACUCGGAGCUGAGAAGCAGAACCUAGUUCUCAAGAUGAAGGAGAGUUAUCUGGUCCAGGAGCAACAGAUGAGCACGAUAAUUCAAGACAAGAUUAAGUAUAUACAGGCCCUGAAAGUAUGAAGUGAGUGCGCAACUAAAAAUAACUUUUUUUAAUGCACAUCAGAUUGUUUUAUCUUCUCCAUUGUUCAUGCUUUCUCGCUUAGAUAUUUAAUGUUAGUGAAUUCUUACCUUGAGUGAUGAAAUAAAAUAGAUGUAAACUAA